AUGGGUUUCUUACAGCAUAUCGUCGGUUCGCUGGCUCUCGCGGGCGUAGCAGUAUCCUCACCAGUAGCACAAUGGGGAGGACCGCCAGGUUAUGGUCCUCCUGGUCCACCAAGCAAUGGCCCGCACCCAGGCCCGGGCAGCCCACCAAGCUAUGGCAACACCACGAGUGUGAUCGCACCAAACCCAGCCAAUGGCCAUUGGGUCGAUACUUGGACAUCGAUGCCUCAACUGACCGAGUUCGCCAACCUGCCGCCACCACCAUUUAACCAAUCCAACCUGGUCUUCUACAACAGCACCAUCCGCCAGACACUACGCGUUACUCUUGGGGCGAAACAACUCCGCAUUCGUUUGUCUAACGCGUUCGGACUCAACGAUCUCCCAAUCACGAAAGUAAAUAUUGCUCUGCCUGUCGCAGAAGUGGGCCAGAACCUGACAGGCGCCUCCGCCAUCAACACAACGACCGUCCAGCAGCUGACCUUCAGCGGCAACGAAAGUAUCAUCAUACCGAAUGGCGCGCUCGCUGUCUCCGACCCACUGAAUUUCCCAGUGACCGAAGGCCAAAUUAUCAGUAUCACAAUGUACCUCCAGUAUGGUCAAGCAAGCAACUACGUAACCAGCCACCCAGGUAGCAGAACCCAGAUCUGGCUCAGCAACGGCGAUUUCACCAACACCGCUAACUUGACCGAUGCCAGCGUCCAGAGUACUUUCCAUUGGUUCUUCCUCUCCGCCAUUGAAGCAUGGGAACCACCACAAGACUCUUCUUUCGUGGUAGUAGGAGACAGUAUCACCGAUGGUCGAGCAAGCUACAACAACUUCAACGGCCGCUGGCCUGAUCUGCUCUUCAAUCGGAUGCAGACCUACGGCCCGACCAAGGACAUCGCCGUCGUCAAUCAAGCUGCAGGCGGCAACAGGAUUCUCUAUGACGGCAAUGGUCCGAACGCUUUGUCCCGCAUCGACCGCGAUGUCCUCGCCCAGAGCGGCGUCAAGUACGCCAUGAUCUUCGAAGGCGUCAACGAUAUCGGGACAGCCGAUAACACGACAUAUAACCAGACCCUGACAGGUGACCGGAUCAUCCAAGCCUUCGAACAGAUGAUUACUCGGGUCCACACCUUCGGGAUCCCGUUCUUCGGUGCCACUAUCACUCCUUUCGGAGCACCUAACAGCACGAUCCAGACAUACGCCACCCCCGAGCGUUUGGCGACCCGUGAUCGUGUCAACAACUGGAUCCGCACCAGUGGGAAGUUCGAUGCAGUCAUCGACUUUGACGCUGUGGUGAGAGACCCGAAUAAUCCCGAGCAGUUGAACCCGAUAUACAAUUCAGGCGAUUAUCUGCAUCCGAACCAGCUUGGUUACCAGGUCAUGGCUAGAGCUUUCCCAUUGGACAUCUUUGAAAAGUAUCAGAAUGGUGUCAGCACCUUCGCUUGA